AUGUCUUAUUUGGAAGAACAAGCAAUCCAAUGCCAUGCUCUUUCACUAGAGGAAGCUACAGAUUUGAGAGGACCCGACGAAACUUGGAACGCGGCAUCGAUCGAUGCUGAGAGUUUUGAGUAUACCAGGCCACCAGCUGACCAUUACAGUACAGAAGAGGUAGAUGACAUGGUGCAUAAAAUCUACAGAGCCCAUGAGUGUAUGACAGAGGAUUAUCACAAGAGCAUCGAUGAUGACUACUACCCAUUUAACAAAAAUAUCGGCUGGUUAACCACGUGCAAGAAAGAGAUGAAGCACAAGCUGGAACUUACAAUUCAGAUUGUUCAGAAACAACAAGAGAAAGAACCUGACGAAGGACAGUCAAUUGACGACCGCUACCAAUUAUCGAUCGACGCUAACUGUGGAGCAUCUGAAUCAUGA